AUGAAGACUCUGAUGAAGACCUUGAUGCGUACUAUAGCUGAGGGAGAAGGAGGAGCAGUGUCCAAGGCAGAGACUGAAAGUGAACUCUGUUUUCCACAGCUCCUCAACGCCUCCUGUAAGAAGCUCACUCGUCCUCGCUCUGAAGCUCUGACCAUUUACAUCUUGAUGUCUUGCAUCUCUCUGCUCACUGUGGUUCUCAACCUGCUGGUCAUCCUCUCCAUCUCCCACUUCAGGCAGCUCCACACUCCCACCAACCUCCUCCUCCUCUCUCUGGCUGUGUCUGAUUUCCUCGUGGGUCUUAUUUUGAUGCCGUUUCAGAUCCUCUUAGCAGAGCCAUGUUGGCUCCUUAGCGACUUGUUAUGUGUUCUCUAUUACUUCCUCACAUUUGUCAUAGUCUGUGCCUCUGUAGGAAACAUGGUUCUAAUAUCACUUGAUCGUUACGUGGCUAUCUGUGACCCUCUGCGUUACUCCACCAAAGUCACUCAGAGGAGAGUCCAACUCUGUGCCUUCUUGUCGUGGGGUUCGUCUGUUUUUUAUGCCUUUAUGAUUUUAUAUGAUAACCUGAAACAACCAGGGAGGUUUAACUUUUGCUAUGGAGAAUGUGUGAUUAACAUAAAUGGAGCUACAGACCUUGUCUUAGGGUUUCUAAUGCCCAUCUCAGCCAUCAUCAUCCUAUAUAUGAGGGUGUUUGUGGUGGCUGUGUCUCAGGCUCGCUCCAUGCGCUCCCACGUUGCAGCUGUUAAACUGCAGCGUUCACUGACUGUGACUGUCAAGAAAUCAGAGAUCAAGGCAGCAAAGACUCUUGGUGUGACAGUUGUUGUGUUCCUCAUGUGCUAUAUCCCUCCUUACUGUGUUUCUCUCUCUGGAUAUGACUUUACAAUUGGUACAUCAGCCAAAGAUUUCCUGAUAUUUCUGGUUUUAUCAAACUCUUGUCUAAACCCUGUUAUUUAUGCCUUUCUCUACCCCUGGUUUAGAAAAUCUGUAAAACUGAUAAUGACCCUUGAGAUACUGCAGUCUAAAUCCAGAGAGGCCUCUGUAAAUUAAACAGGAUUAACACCUGGAUGUAUAAAUAAUUCUACUUAGUUAAAAUGUUAAAACUUUCUGUAUAAUUCUUAUUUUUUUGUGA